AUGCCCCCCAAGCCUCUUCUGCUGCUGCUGCUUCUGCUGCUGCUCUUCUGGGCAGCUGGGGGCCAGCGAGUGGCAAGAUGCCCCCUGAAGCUAAGUAGAGACCAGUACGAUCCAUGGAAUCUCUUCCGACCAGGAGACCACCUCAUCAGUGGUGUCCUCCCUUCACUGGAAGCAGUAAUAAAACUGCGCUCCUUUCUCAGUCCUCCAUUUAUCCACAUCAAAGUAAUUCAAGAUGAAAACUACUUCUCUGACCUGGCCUUCUUACAUGCCAUCCAUGAGAUAAACCAGAAUCAGGAGCUCUUGCCUAAUGUCUCUCUGGGUUACAAUACAUAUGAGAACUAUCGCAACGUCAGGAUCACCUAUGAUAUCUUGCUGGACCUGUUGUCUCCUGGGCUGAAGAACAUCCCAAACUACGGCUGUGGGAGACAGGGUGACUUGCUGGCUGUUGUCGAAGGGGCUGACUCAGAAAUCUCCAGGCAUAUUUCAGCCAUGUUGGGAAUCUACAAAAUCCCACAAACAAACAACAGGCCAAAGGGGGCCAAUUUUGAUCAUCUUGGCCCCUACAUGUCAAAAGCAUUUCGCUGUUCGUAUUCCAAAUAUUCUUUGUCAGUGAAAGGGAGGAGAAGAUGUGAGCAGAAGGAGAACUUGCCCCUGGAGGUGCUUCAACUGAGUCUGUCUGAAAACAACUACAACGUCUAUAGAGGUGUCCAUGUGAUAGCACGAGCCUUGCACAUGGCGCACAGUUCCACAUUCAAGUAUGGGAGAAAGGUGGGAGGAGAAAGACUGGAACACCUGAAGCUGCAGCCAUGGCAGCUGCACCCUUUCCUGAGAAAUGUUGACUUUUCCAAUGCUACCCUGGAUGGACUGUACCUGGAUGAAGACGGGGAGCUGACGGCCAGCUUUGACAUAAUGUUCUACUGGCUGGAUCUGCCCAGAGCCGCACUUGCUAAAGUUCAGGUCGGGGGUCUAGAGAAGCAGGAAUCCCCACACCAUCUGUUCCACCUCAAUGAGAAUCAAAGUGCAUGGCAUAACCAGAUUCCUUCUCUGUAUUGCCAGACCCUCCCACAGUCAAGGUGUACCAAGAGCUGCUCCCCUGGAUAUGUCAAGGUGAUUGUGGAAGGAAAGCCAGUUUGCUGCUAUAUUUGUGCUCCUUGCACAGAAGGGACCAUCUCCACUCAGGAAGAUGCUGAACAUUGCACCAGAUGUCCAGAAGAUCAGCAUCCGAACAAGAAGCAAAAUCGAUGUGUCCUCAAAGUAACCAUCUUUCUCUCCUAUGGAGAAUCUCUGGGGAUUAUCCUGGUUUCCAUUUCCCUUUUCCUGUCUGGAACAACAAGUUUUGUGUUAGGAAUCUUCAUUAAGUAUCUGGAAACUCCCAUAGUCAAAGCCAACAACCGAGACCUUUCCUACAUUCUGCUCAUCUCCCUCCAGCUCUCCUUCUUGUCCUGCUUUUUCUUUAUUGGUCAGCCAUUGAAAGUCACCUGCCUUCUUCGUCAAGCAGCCUUCAGCAUCAUCUUCUCAGUGGCUGUCUCUUCCCUCCUUGCCAAAACCAUCACUGUGGUGCUGGCCUUCCUGGCCACCCAGCCUGGAAACAGGGUGAGGAGAUGGCUGGGGAAGAGCUUGGCCAACUCCAUCAUCAUCUCCUGUUCCUGUGUCCAAGUUCUCCUCUGCACCAUCUGGCUGGGCACCUCUCCCCCUUUCCCUGAAUCUGACAUGCACUCCCAGCCAGGUCUGAUUGUUCUGCAGUGCAAUGAAGGCUCUGUGGCCAUGUUCUACACUGCCCUCAGCUACAUGGGCUUCCUGGCUGCCACCUGCUUCAUGGUGGCCUUCCUGUCCAGGAAGCUGCCUGGGGCCUUCAAUGAGGCCAAGCUGAUCACCUUCAGCAUGCUGGUCUUCUGCAGCGUCUGGGUGUCCUUUGUGCCCACCUACCUGAGCACCAGGGGGAAGUACAUGGUGGCCGUGCAGGUCUUUUCCAUCUUGGCCUCCAGCGCUGGACUGCUGGGCUGCAUCUUCCUGCCCAAGUGCUACAUUAUCCUACUGAGGCCUGACCUG